AUACACUCAAAAAUACAUACUAUAAAUAAGAAACCCUCUAAACCUGCCGACAUAUUUACUUUUGACGUGACCCAUUUUCAAGGGCAUUUGUCAAAUUAGAAAUAGAGUUACAAAUUAGUAACAUCCAACUUUCGGCACGUAGGGUAAAAUGUGAUGAUUCUGUAGAGAUCACUUGCAGACAGAGGAAGUUAAGCUAUGAGGUGAUCUCAUCUUUCAAAGUGUUCGCAGGGAAGUGAACAUCAUGCCUUACGAGUGAGGCACUUGUUUGAGGCGAAUACAGUGUGAAAUAAAUACUUCUCAAGCCAAACUAGGUCAGAGAUAAAACAUGGCCUGUGCCGAUGUCAACAUGGACAUCCAAGCUUUUGAAGACGCGCCAUUGAGAGCCGAGGAGCGAGAGGAGCCUGUGAUACAAUAUUAUCGGGCCAUGGAAUUUGUGCCAGACCAGAAAGGGCCGCUGCAUGACCUGCUGCACAAACAACCGGCUGUGUUGGGGUCUCUGCAGAUGAUGAGUGGUCUCCUCAGUGUUGGAGUGGGAAUACUUUUUGCAGUAACCCAGGAGAUGUCAGAAUCCCUUUUGACGAUGUGCAGACUUUCUCAACUGAACGGAGCAAUCUUCAUCUUUGCUGGAAUGAUUUCCAACCUGUUGUUCAAAUAUUCAGGAUUACUACCUGUGUCCCUCACGGUCAACUGUGGCUGCAUUAUUGUAGCCGUAGUUUCAGCCUGUCUGAUUACUGUUGACUUGGCUUACUGGAAUCCCAAAGACGAUCUACUUCUGAGGGUAGAGGUGAUGGAACUGUGUGUGUUGGGGCUCGAGGUGUUUCUCUCUGCAGUCCUUUGCUUCUGGAUCUCUAAAGAGAAACGCACCGUGAGCAAGAACAUAUCUGAGAGCGCUUCAAACUAACUGUCAGUAAAUGAACUGCCGCGGGGCCGUUUAUUAGUGUGCAUUAGAAGAUAGACGACUGUGUUUGCAGAGUUUUUUUUUUGUGGCUUUCUGUUUCGUCUCGAUUUCCUUUAUUAGAGCUGGAGCCCCUGGUGAGCAGCCCGGGCUGUGGUUUGCGUGUGAUGUUUGACUCAAACUGAGAACACAACGUUUUGUGGUAAAUAAAUGUCAACACUUCACAUGUGAAAGAAAACACCACUCCCAUCAACCUUUGUCUUUCUCUGUAACGGCAGCAAUGGGCCUCACAGGGCUGCUUUGUCGGUCUGCAUGCAAAGCGGUCGGUGUGGUUUUACACGGCUCUUUAAAACCCGUGGAAAUAUCUGCGGUGUGUUUUCAGAUAAACGUGCACUUUUAGCAGCUCUCAAGGUUACACAGGUUACUUUGCAGGACUAUAAAGGAUUGUGCAUUAUAGACAGUAUCCACGGGUGGGAAAACCUCAUUUCAAGAAAGAAAGGAAAAGAAAUGAUUACGACAACAUUCUUUAAACAUUUUAAUCAUCUGUACAAAGUUGUCAUAACAGAAUACUGGCAAUAAAAGGAAGAUAUUCUCCAGA